CGGCCGGCGGCCGGCGCGCGCUGCUCCUGGCGGCGCCGGGCGCGGGGGCGUUGUGCGCUGGGGUGCGGGGCGCGGUGGCGGAGGCCCCGCAGCCUGCGAGGCCCAUGGGCGCGCCUCCGGACGGCGUGUUCCGCACGCAGCGCCGGCCGCCGGAGAUCCCGGUGGCGACGGCGGUGAUCCUGCUGCGGACGACGUCGGAGGUCGCGGUGGCCGAAGGCAUCUUCACCGAGGCCAAGAUCCAGGCCGCUUUGUUCAAGGAGCGGAUGGCCGGGUUCGAGGCCUUCAAGGAGCGCUACCAGAACUACGACCUCGGCGGCCUCUUCGACCAGCGGUUCUUCUCACAGAAAGACCCUCGGACCAUUCCACACCACUGGCUUGCUGGCCGGCGGACUUCGAUUACCUGGUCGGCUGUCAAUUCCGAAUCCUCAGCCGAAAGAUUCCGCGAAAAGAGGCGCGGGCGCGCUUUACCAGGAAGCUCGGUGAAACGCUGUACCGCAAGAUACUUGCGGGCGACGUCGUGGGGCCGAGAGUUUGGGUGGGUGAUGACGAGACUGGGUCGCUAGGCGAUGUGAACAUGUCCUCGCCAUUCUCUGGCACAUGGCCUGCCAUCAGCACCCUGCCUCAACGUGCGCAAUCUGCAGAGGAGCUCAGGAAGGGUGCCCAGGCACUCUUGCGGUACCUGGCGGAGCAGCAGUACUGUGCGGGGGGGGACCUUUCUGCCUUCCAGUCCAGCAGCGAUGGAGCUGUGGUAGAGUUUACCAGCUACGUGCGGGAGCCUGCGAACUUCGAGUCCACAGUCUCGCUGAUGCGGGACAACGAUCUUUUCGCGCCCCGAUUCGACCAGCGGAUUUUAGAGGCCUACUUUGAGGACAGCGGCUACCUGUGCACUUCCACCGACGAGGUCGCCGGCGACGGCGAGGGUGCGGGCCCGGCUCGGGGCAUCCGCACCAGGUGGAAGCUGAAGCUCGACCAGGACGACUAGGGCUGCCCUCGCACCAGGGCCCUAAGGAAAGGGCCAUUGCGAACCAGAGGACUGCUCCCCACCCGACAUGUUGGGGCUCUGCGAGGUGCCAAGGGAAGAGCUCCCAACCCGCCGCGCACACCCUGCAUACCGCGGCCACCAGCUCGAAUUCAGAUAAUCAAUGUUUCUGCACACGGUUGCUGGUUUCUUGGGCGCGCCAACGUCCUGGUUCAUCAAUGUGCCCGUUCACGGGCCCAGGAUCGCAAUCGCCGGUGAGAUGCACCCGCAGAUCUCUCAAAGCAGGGCAUGGGGCGGGCUUGGAUGAGGUCGCAGCGCUUGCAGGGUUUGAGAUCAGGUGCCAAA